GAGCGCGCAAAAUUAACGUCUCACAAUUUUCAAUUGUUCAGAAUUCAUAGUGGGAUCGGUUGAUUCUCUAUGUUUUCUCACAUUGUCACAGCAGCAAAAGGUUUAUUUGCACGGCAAGAAGUCGACGAAUACAAACUCGAUAGCAGCAAUACAACCUCGACAACAUCAACAAGUCCAAUUGGCCGUGAAGCAAAAAUGGUGACGGCAACGAGAAGGAGGAAUCUCGAGACAUUGUCGACAACUUCUGGCGAUAACAAAGGCGUCUCGACCUCCGCAAAAGGGAAGCGCAAGCCCGAAUCUACAAGCGCCGGAAAGCCCGAAUCACAGCACAACAAACGGAGAAAGAGAAGCAGUCUAGAGGCUGCUGCAGAGCCGGAGAGGGAAUUGUCGACCGAGAGCGCCAUGGUUGAGUCAGAUUCGAAACGAGAAGAGGCACAGGCGCCUGCUUCUAAGACGAAACACUUCAGAUUCGACAGCGAAGAGCCUGAACUGCCGGUGGAGAUGGAGACUGAGGCGCCAGAGCCUCAGCAGAAGGACCAGGACAAUGAAGACAGCAGUGAUGAUGACGAAGCUCCUGAAGCGAUUGACAAUUCAGCUCAGAUUUCCAAGAUCAGACUGGAAGCUAAAAAGCAAGAACGAGCCAGACAAAUUGAGGAACAGCUGAGGAAGGAGAAGAGAAAACAACUGGAUGAACUCCGCAAACAGCAAGCGAAACAAAAGGAGGUGACCAAAUUAGCAGCCGGUUCUGCUGAUGACCAGCUUUCAGAAAGCACGGAGACACUGCGAGGUAGUACCACACAAGAUGCCCGCCGAUCAGCCCUCCCAGCUCUCCUGCCGGAUGAGAUUCUCAAUGCAGCUUCUGUCGCCAGACCUCCAACGCCCCCCUUCGAGGAGCUUAAUAUUUCGCAUAAGAAGCCAAACAAGUUGAAAUUUCUCGAUGCUACGGAGAAACGCCCCAAGGAUGUCAAGCUGGGCGAUGUUACAAUCCGCGUGUUAGAUGAGAACCCCACCAAGAAGGCCAAGACAACCCUGCCGCCCAAAGCCUCAAAGACUGGACGAAAUGCCAAGCAGAAUUGGCUCAACAGAGCUCGCAGUACCGCCACUGUCAAUGGUCUUAGAAGAACCGCAGGUGGCCCUUCAGGGUUUGUUCGCAGAUAAGAAGUCUAGUCUAUCGGGUUCUGCGUAUUUUUGAACCCGGCGACAAGGUGUUUAUGGCGUAUUGAUGCAGGUUGAGAUCGGCUUGGAAUAAUGACUGGCAUUUGCUCGUCAUUAUACAUCAUACAUCAGCUACGGGCUAUUGAGUGGCUUGCGCCGUUGUCGACAGGCGACAGAGCUGGAGCUGACCCCGCUUGAAGUCCGCGGUAUUUACCACUUUCAUUAAGGUCUAUAAGGCUUAAGCAUCGCCGGACAGGGCGAUGAAUCGCCUCUGAAAGCUCUAGCUGUACAAUUGCUUGAUGGUUGCCGUAAACACCCAGUUCAAGGUCGCGGCUCCAGCAUUGUACAACAUGAGAAUGGACUCUCAUUUUGUCCGGUAGAUGCUGGAAAGUAGCUCGAUGGUUGGAUCGUUGGAUACCCGAAUAAAAUUGUGUAUAAUGAAGCAGUAAAUGCGUUAUAUGAACCACUAUAGC